AUGAAUAAUCAAUCGAUGACAGGGAGGACCAUGGUCCCGACCAUCCCGUCUAUAAUGUUCAUUUUCGGGGUGGUUGGGAAUGUCAUAGCCAUCGUGGUUCUUUGUAAAUCUCGCAAAGAACAGAAAGAAACCACGUUUUACACGCUGGUGUGUGGACUGGCAGUCACGGACCUCCUGGGCACACUGCUGGCCAGCCCAGUCACCAUCGCCACUUAUGUGAAAGGGUCGUGGCCCGGAGAGGACCCGCUGUGCCAGUACUUUGGAUUCACCUUGCUUUUCUUCUCUCUGGCGGGGCUCAGUAUCAUCUGUGCCAUGUCCGUGGAGAGAUACAUCGCUAUAAACCAUGCCUACUUCUACAAUGACUAUGUGGACCAAAAAUUGGCGGGUUUGACUAUCCUGGCGAUCUAUAUCUCCAACGCACUUUUCUGCGCUCUGCCGAUUAUCGGCUUCGGACAGGUGAAGAAACAAUACCCGCAAACUUGGUGUUUUUUAGAGUGGAGGAGCAACAAGACCAGCGAUGCCGCCUACUCCUACAUGUAUGCGGGGUUCAGCUCUCUUCUUAUUCUCGCCACUGUUAUCUGUAACGUGUUGGUGUGCGUGGCUUUGAUUCGGAUGCACCGGCGCUUCGUGCGCAGGAUGUCGCUGGGAGCCGAUCUGGCUCGCAACGUGGAACCGCCGAGGAGAGGACGCAGCUUUGGACGUCUGGCUGCUGCAGAGAUUCAGAUGGUCAUACUGCUAAUAGGCACUUCAGCAGUGGUGCUUAUCUGCUCCAUCCCACUUGUUGCUCAGGUGUUUUUGAACCAGCUGUAUAAGACUCCAGUGGAGAUGCGGUUGGACAAAAACCCUGAUCUACGUGCAAUACGCUUCGCCUCCUUCAACCCCAUUCUUGACCCCUGGAUCUACAUCUUGCUCCGCAAGGCUGUUCUCCUCAAGCUCAUUGAGAAAAUCAAGUGCUUAUUUUGCAAGAUGGGGGCACGGAGGCAACAGAGACAGGGAAACUUCCACUGUAUAGACACUCAUCAACUGUCCUUGGCCAUCUCUAACCAGACAACAAAGACAUCGGUUUCCCACAACCUGCAAGACUACAACAGCAGCUCACAGACCUUCCUCUACCUGCCAGAGGGAAGUGAAGUGGACAGAGGAAGCUGCCAUAAAUUAGACACACUCUCUGGUUCCCGACACUCGCAAGCUUCUUAUUCGUCUGAGCAGGGCAGCGUUGAGGCUCAGCGUAGAGAAGGGACAAAUGUAAUUAGGGACCUUUCAGCUCUGCCAUGCCCCAAAGACCCGGCACUUCAGGUGUCGUUGAGCACUAUUACAGUGGAGGAGAAAUGCAUUUGACAUAACUCAAAAUUAGGAGAGAGUUCUGAGUAUGCUCAGAUUGUCUACUAAAUGACUUUUAUUGAACUUUUAAACCUCUGUAAACUGAGGCACAUAAAGAUAAUAAAUGGCUGUUCCUAUGAAGUCGGUCACAUGAAGCGGGAAAAAAGAGCAACUUGAAGUGUUUUGAGCUUUAUCAUCCUGUUGUUUCAGCACCCAGCUACCUCAAGUUAUGACUAUCUCUGACUGCAUGAACAGAUUUUGUCAUUCAGCCAAAAACAGUUGUUGCUUUAACAGAGAUGACCCAUUUCUCCAUGACUCAAGUGUCAGUGAUGGAAAAGCUAUCCUUCAUAAUUUCAGCUGUAAUUUGUUCGAUCUUUAUGGAAAACUUUACUUUAACGUAGAUAGGGCCAGUUUUUUUAGAAUAAUUGAGUCACUCGCUUGUAGUCAAUAAGGUAAAUGAAAACAGUAUUGAAUGUGAUCCUUAUGUGUAAUCACUGGCAUGUAUGCUGCCAUUGUAUGAAUUGAUUAGUUUAACAAACUGUAUUGUACAGCGCUUCUUGAAGGACAUGAGUUAGUUCCAUGACUAAGUGCAGUAUUAAUAUGUGGUGAACACCAAUGUAUUUGUUCCUUAGUCCUGGAAUACAAACCCACAUGUCAUCUCAAAUUAUAAAAAUGUUCUUUUCCAUCUUACAAAGAUUCCUGUGCCGUAGUUAAUAACACUAAACCUUUUUUUCCCCUCUAGGAAAUGUGUAAGUCAGUGGUUAGAUGUUGCUUAAUGUGGAGUAUUAAGAGAAGUAUAUUUCAACAUACCUGUCAGCUUGAGAAAAAUGGUGUUCUAGUUGAUCGAUGUUGUGUAAAAUAUUGUUUGUAAUAACAUUAUUCUUCUCUAGGAGAAGGUUGCAGUUGAUAUAUCACACAGCUGAAGGGACACAUGCUCAUGAAUCGCUUUCUUUCAGCACUAACAUCCAGAAAAUCAGAACUUUACUAAAUGUUUUGUAUCAGUUAGAGCUUCAACUAACAUUUUCUUUAACAGAUUAUUCUCACUAAAUUGAUUUGUAGUCGUGAAAAUGUCUUAAGAUUGUCCUUCUUUGCGAUUCUAUUCUGUGCCACAUUUUUCCUAAUUUACUGUCUUAUAAUGUGAGUCACUUGAUACUUUCAGCCGCU